UAUCAAAUGAACAUGGCGCCAAUCAUUGACAAUAUCGCCGCCCAAGGCAUCUCCUACUAUACGCCCGCGCAGCAGCCUCCAGCAGGCACCCAACUCGAAGGAUCCACCAAGCUGUUCACCCCUCUCACCAUCCGCGGCGUGACCCUACCAAAUCGCCUAUUUCUAGCGCCCCUCUGUCAGUACUCCGCCAAAGAUGGCUACGCCAAUGAUUGGCACCUCACGCACCUGGGCGGAAUCAUUCAGCGUGGCCCGGGCCUCGCCAUCAUGGAAUCCACCGCCGUGCAGAAACUCGGACGCAUCACCCCGCAGGAUCUGGGUCUGUACGAGGAUGGCCAGAUCGAGCCAUUGAAGCGCAUCACGGAGUUUGCGCACGGCCAGGGGCAGAAGAUUGCUAUCCAACUAGCCCAUGCCGGUCGAAAGGCCAGUGGAGUUGCUCCUUGGUUGAGCAGCAAUGCGAUGGCUGUCAAGGAAGUUGGCGGGUGGCCGGAUGAGAUCGUGGGCCCAUCAGCAAUUUCCCAUGAAGAGGGCAUACACACCGUACCCAAGGCUCUGACCGGGGAAGAUAUCCAAGCAUUGACGAAAGACUUCGCCGAGGCGGCCAAACGCGCCGUCAAGGCCAACUUCGAUGCCAUUGAGAUUCAUGCCGCCCAUGGAUAUCUCCUUCACCAGUUUUUGAGCCCCGUGAGUAACCGACGCACAGAUGAGUAUGGAGGCAGCUUUGAGAACCGGGUCCGACUGCUGUUGGAAGUCAGUGAAGCAAUUCGGGCCGUGAUACCAGCACCAAUGCCAUUGCUGGUCCGGAUCAGUGCGACCGAUUGGUUCGAGUUCGAUGAGACCUUGAAGAAAGAGUUUCCUGACAGCUGGACGGUUGCGCAGUCGGUCCUACUUGUCCCGCUCUUAGCGGACCAUGGGGUGGACCUGGUGGACGUCAGCUCUGGUGGUAUCCACCCCAAAUCGGCUAUUGCCAUUCGGUCAGGCCCUGCCUAUCAGGUACAUCUAGCGCAGGAAAUUAAGAAGGCGGUUGGUGACAAAUUAUUGAUCUCGGCGGUCGGAGGAAUCAAAACGGGGGCUCUGGCUGAGGACGUGGUGCAAUCUGGUAUUGAUGCGGUCCAGGCGGGACGGUGGUUCCAGCAGAAUCCGGGCCUGGUUCGCGCGUUUGCCAAUGAGUUGGGUGUGAAGGUGAGGAUGGCCACCCAGAUCGAUUGGAGUUUUGAUGGUCGUGGAAAGCAUGCCAAGAGUUCGUUGUGAUGCUUCAAAACUAGGUCGUGGCCGGCCAUAUAUCUUUUGACA